CACACACUCGCCCCUCCACCCCCCGCGCCUCCCUCCUCGCCUCUCUUUGCAAUCGCAAGAAGCGCACUCUCGCUCACACGCGCGCACUCACACACACACUCACACACGGUGGAAGGAGGCGAAUAAUAACUCAGCCAUAUUUCAGCUGCCGCCGCCGCCGGGAGCCGCGGGCACAGUCCGGGGACGCGGCGAGCAGCCUCGCCGGCCGCUACGAUGUGUGCCGUGCAGGUGAAGCUGGAGCUGGGGCACCGCGCCCAGGUGAGGAAAAAACCCACCGUGGAAGGUUUCACCCACGACUGGAUGGUGUUCGUGCGCGGGCCGGAGCACAGUAACAUACAGCACUUUGUGGAGAAAGUCGUCUUCCACUUGCACGAAAGCUUUCCUAGGCCAAAAAGAGUGUGCAAAGAUCCACCUUACAAAGUAGAAGAAUCUGGGUAUGCUGGUUUCAUUUUGCCAAUUGAGGUUUAUUUUAAAAACAAGGAAGAACCUAAGAAGGUUCGUUUUGAUUAUGACUUAUUCCUGCAUCUUGAAGGCCAUCCACCAGUGAAUCACCUCCGCUGUGAAAAGCUUACCUUCAACAACCCCACAGAGGAGUUCAGAAGAAAGUUGCUGAAGGCAGGAGGGGACCCCAACAGGAGUAUCCAUCCCAGCGGCAGCAGCAGCAGCAGCAGCAGCAGCAGCAGUUGCAGCAGCAGCAGCAGCAGCAGCAGCAGCAGCAGCAGCAGUUGCAGCAGCAGCAGUUGUAGCAGCAGCAGCAGCAGUUUUUCCAAGCCUCACAAAUUAACGAAGGAGCACAAGGAAAAACCUUCUAAAGACUCCAGAGAACAUAAAAGUGCCUUCAAAGAACCUUCCAGGGAUCACAACAAAUCUUCCAAAGAAUCCUCCAAGAAACCCAAAGAAAAUAAACCACUGAAAGAAGAAAAAAUCGUUCCUAAGAUGGCCUUCAAGGAACCGAAACCCAUGUCGAAAGAGCCAAAACCAGAUAGUAACUUACUCACGGUCACCAGUGGACAGCAAGAUAAGAAGGCUCCUAGUAAAAGACCCCCCAUUUCAGAUUCCGAAGAACUCUCAGCCAAAAAAAGGAAAAAGAGUAGCUCAGAGGCUUUAUUUAAAAGUUUUUCUAACGCACCACCACUGAUACUCACUUGUUCUGCUGAUAAAAAACAGAUAAAAGAUAAAUCUCAUGGCAAGAUGGGAAAGGUCAAAAUGGAAAGUGAGACGUCAGAGAAGAAGAAAUCAACUUUACCGCCAUUUGACGAUAUUGUGGAUCCCAAUGAUUCCGACGUAGAGGAGAAUAUGUCCUCUAAAUCUGAUUCUGAACAACCCAGUCCUGCCAGCUCCAGCUCCAGCUCCAGCUCCAGCUUCACACCGUCCCAGACCAGGCAACAAGGUCCUUUAAGGUCUAUAAUGAAAGAUCUGCAUUCCGAUGACAAUGAGGAGGAAUCAGAUGAGGCAGAGGAUAAUGACAAUGACUCCGAAAUGGAGAGACCUGUAAAUAGAGGAGGCAGCCGAAGUCGCAGAGUUAGCUUAAGUGAUGGCAGCGAUAGUGAAAGCAGUUCUGCUUCCUCACCCCUACAUCACGAACCGCCACCACCCUUAUUAAAAACCAACAACAACCAGAUUCUUGAAGUGAAAAGUCCAAUAAAGCAAAGCAAAUCAGAUAAGCAAAUAAAGAACGGUGAAUGUGACAAGGCAUACCUAGAUGAACUGGUAGAGCUUCACAGAAGGUUGAUGACGCUGAGGGAGAGACACAUUCUUCAGCAGAUUGUGAACCUUAUAGAAGAAACUGGACACUUUCAUAUCACAAACACAACAUUUGAUUUUGACCUUUGCUCGCUGGACAAAACCACAGUCCGUAAACUACAGAGUUACCUGGAAACAUCUGGAACAUCCUGAGGCUACAACAACUGGAUGCAUCAAAAACUCUGGGGUUUUUUUGGUUUUUUUUUUUUUUUUGGUUGUGAUUUUUUUCUUGUUUGUUUAUAUGGAAACACUCAGAAUGAUGCAACCAAAAGGGAAAAAAUAAAAAGCAAACAACCUUCAGCUUUAUUUUUCUUUAAAGCCAGUCAUCAUCUCUUGAUAAAGGAGAGGUUAAGCAAACCAGCCUCAGCGGACCACUCUUCUCUCCAAGGAAAUCCCCGGGAAGAGUUAGCCUGGAUAGCCUUGAAAACAAACAGAUCAAAUACAACACGAGAAAACUUAAAGAAUGUGUAUGGUAUCAUGUAUCUCUCUCUGUGGUGGUUCAUUCCACAGGACGAAUGCAUAUUCAACACACUGCCUUAUUACAUAACUGAUCUAUUUAUUAUCGCAUACAGAUAUUCUAGAGUCGUUGAGGGAAUGACACCACAAGACAUUCUAAGUACUCGGUCCCGUGGAUGCUCUUUCAAUGCAGCGCCCUUGCCAUCCCAAGCCCAGUGACCUUACUCGUAUACCGUGCCACUCUCCACCAACUUUUUCCAAGUCCCUUAACUCGUUGCAGUCUGUAUUUUCCACCUUGUUUUUCCAGUCCCAGGACACAAAUGAUCAACUGGGGGGACCAAAUAGCCACCCUGAUUUUCUUCUUUGUGGUCUUUUUCCUGAAAGUUGGGGCCCAGUCCUUGGCUGUAUCCAUAUAAUGAUCUUGGACCAUGGUUAGAAAACGCACCAAAUAGGAUCAUACGAAUUGCUGUCUAGCCUUAGUCAAUAAACCUGUAGGACUUUUAAACAAACGUGUACCUGUAAACGUCCUGCAUCCAGCAUUGUUGAGAUGUCAUCAACAUCCUUGUGUCUGUUUUACUGUUAUGGUAUUAGGUAAAUAUGGAAGUGAAUGCAUUCCACAGGGUCAUAAUUUUUAAAAGAGAAAUUCUGGUUCUGUUUUCUAAAGAAAUGUUGUAGAAAUUCUUAAUUUGGUUCUAUUUAUUAGUAAGAGUUUCAGCUUUCUUUGGCUGCCAGUGUGUUACCCAUCUUUACCAUAAAACCUGGAAUAAGAGAUUUUUGUUUGUUCACAUAUGAUCCUCUUAGACUCUUUUAUAUUUGAAAAAUUAAAAUCUUUCUUUGAGGGAAAAUUCUUGGUUAUUCUGCCAUAACAGAUUAUGUAUUAACUUGUAGAUUCAGUGGUUUGAUACCUGUUUAGUCACUUGCUUAUGUUUCCAGAAGGAUUUCUUGUAUUGGUGAAUAUAAAGAUGGUUGGGGAGGGGGGAUAUUUUUGUUCUUGAUGUACCCUGUUUUGAAACUAGAAAUCUGUCCUGUGGCAUGCAAAAGAAAGCAAAUUAUUUUUAAAA